AUGAAUCCCCGCGUAGAAGAAGUCAGCGACUCGGAUAGCGAUCCGUCAGAGAUGGGCAUUGACGACGUGCCCGCUCUGAUGAAUGCGACCAGUAUACCCAGCACUAGCACCUCUUCUAUGCCGCCACAGUCGCAGAUGUUGCAGCCGCAAUCGCCCGCGAUCAAGACGUCUACGGACCGAGAAAAGUCCAAGCACUACCAAUGUCUAUACCCCAUAUACUUUGACAAGUCACGGACAAGGGCAGAGGGCCGUCGCGUGGGGAAGGAGCUUGCAGUAGAAAACCCCCUGGCACGAGAGAUGGCCGACGCUGCCGCCGACCUGGGUCUCCGAACCGUCUUUGAGCCUGACAAAACUCACCCAAAAGACUGGGCCAAUCCUGGCAGAGUGCGUGUCCUGCUCAAGCAUCAAGGCAAAUUAAUGGACGACGACGUGAAGAACAAGCAUCACCUCUACAUCCUCAUUGCGCAGCAUCUCAAAGCCCAUCCAACACAGAAGAACACUCCUUUCAGGUUACCCAUCGCAGGCCUACCCAUGCCAAAGGAGAUGCCCGAGCCCGCGAUACCUAAGGGAUGGAAGAUGAAUAAGAUCCUCCCCCUACACUCGCCUGCCUUGACGGGUGGCGGAGUCAGUGAAAACUUCAUGCAAGACAUGAUGGCGGAAAUGAUGGGUGGUGACGGAGGCAGCGGCGCAAACAGCGGGACAGAAUCCAAGAAGAAAAUCAAGGACAAAAAGAAGAAGUGA